CAGCCGUCCCCUUAUCAAGCCAGCCGCAACAAUCACAACUCAGCGCCUUGGUCCUAGAGUCUGGAUUGCGAGACAGCGCCCGCCCUAUCAUGAGUACACUACCCGUCAUCUCCCUCUCCCCUCGCUCUCCCCAACCUCUCUCUACCUUCCCCACCCCAUCUCGCGCGCGCCUCGCUACCUUGGUUCCCGCCGCUACUCCAGCCUUUUGCUAUCCGCAUGUGCCCUCCGACAUGGUCCAUGCGCUGCUAUUACCGCAUGCUACAACGUCGAGUCUCGAUAGCGAAGGCUCCCCAUAAAUCCCCGCCCACUGGCCCCCUCGAGAUAGAUCGCGCGCUCACCCGGCUCACCCCUCCGCGGAGGUGGUGAGCGCCUUUGAUCCUCCCCGCCCCAGCCACCAUGUUUUUACCUCGAAGCGUUGGCAGCCCAUCACCACCGGAUCCCCGCACGCGCAUGGAAAAUCAUCCUACUCUGCUCUUCAGCUGGUGGUGCACUCUUUUUUCCCUCGUCAUCAUCCUCUCCCGCCUGGGCGGCCGCUACAUACGGACCGAGCGGCUGUUUAGAGAAGACAGAGUCAUGGCCCUCAGCAUCAUUCCACUGUUUACGCGCAUGGCCUUCGUCCAUGCCAUGCUACUUUACGGAACCAACAAUGUCGACACCUCCAACAUGACCAACCUUGACGAAAUUCGGAUGCGGAAAGUUGGCUCGAGGCUGGUGCUAGCUGCCCGCAUCUCCUACGCCGCAUUCAUAUGGACUGCCAAGCUCGGCGUCUGCGAGUUUCUUGCUAGGCUCAUAGAAACGUUCUGGAAGCGCGCGUACGAAAUCACUUUGCGCUGUAUCCGAUAUUUCCUCUUCGCUACCUUCAUCGCCGUCAUCAUUGCCACCUUGGGAGAGUGCCGCCCCUUCAACCACUAUUGGCAGGUCACCCCUGACCCUGGUCCCAAGUGUAGACAGGGUUACGCGCAGCUGAUCACCAUGGGCGCCUGCGACAUCAUCACCGACAUUUUGCUCAUCGUAUUCCCUAUUCCCUUGGUCUUGAGAUCGAGUCUACCCUUCAAGCGCAAGAUACGCCUUGUUUUCUUGUUUUCCAUGUCCGCCAUCCUCAUCGGAGUCACAUCUGCUCGCGUCCCGAGCGUCAUCAACCACCAAGGCCUCCAACAGUACCGGACCGUGCUUGCUUCGGGCGAGAUCCUGGCCGCUGCCGCUGUCUCCAACGGCGUGGUUCUGGAUUCGUUUUUGCGUGAUCGCGGCGUAAAGAAGCACAGAAAAUACAAGUUUGGCUCGACGACAGACAGCACGGAGCGGUCGUCGCAGCGCAAACCCACGCUGACCACCAUGCAAUGGGGCAGCGACGAGGACCUCGUCCGCGGAGUCGGCUGGCGCCUCUCACCGGAGAUGGAAGCGUGCUCGACGACGAUUCGCCCCGCGGCCCCCGUGGCACCUCCCUCCGAGUCAAUGCACCACCACCACCACCACCACCACCACCCCAGCCGGCCGCCCGCGUUCCUCGGCAACGGAUGGACCUUCCCACAAGCCCACGCCCACAGCCACGACAGCGCAGAGUCGUACUGGAAGCCCGCGGCCGCCGGCGCCGACGACCUAGACCCGGCGCCCAGCCCGCACGACCUCUCGCUGGCGUCGCACCAUCCGACGCCCGAAAACCUCUCGUUCUUUGAUGUCGGCGGCCUCAUACAGGAGAAGCCGCGCUCCAUGUCCUUGGCCAGCGGUUUGCCGACCAGCGCCCCACCACCGCUGCGAGGCCCCUCCCCGCCGCCGCAGCAGCAGCAACAGCAGCGCAGAGGCUCGCGCGUACUGCUCCAGGACCUGAGUGGCCUGGCAUUCGGCAGCCACCACCACCACAACCGUCAUCGCAAGGCGGCGUCUCCGCGGCCAUGGUCGAUGCGCGAGGGCGAGUGCUUCGAGCUCGCGCCGCGGGACGGGGAGGACCUAGGGCUGGGUCUGAACCUGGGGCUCGGCCGCAGAGGGAGCCAGUCGACGGGGAUGGUGGAGCGCAGCGGUGGGGGCGCGGGCCAGGCGCUCGGCGGCCUGCCGCGCUUGCAGGAUGUGGGCGGGCUGUUGGGGGGUGCGGGUGCGGGGGAGGAGGGGGAGGCGGGGCUGGGGCGCCGCUCCGAUGAGCACGUCUUUUCGCGCGUCGUGGACCAGACCGUGUCGUUUCCGGUGUCGCCGCUGGGAGGGCAUGCGCGGAUGGGUGUUCUGGGUGGCGGCGCGGGGGUUGGGGGACGGGAGGGCGGUAGGGGCGGAGAGGUGCAAGAGGGGGAGGGAGAGGAGGAGGAGAGGACGAUGCCAGAUGAUGAAGCUGCCCAUACGCACCUGAGCGACGACGACCGGAAUGAUACCACGCACGACGACGACCACCACCACCACCGCGCCGCGACGUGACGUGACGUGACGACACCAGCCCUUUACCAUUUCUAAACAUCCUUUCUGAUCUCAGCAUACGCAUACGCAUACGACACACGCACACGAUACACGCAUACGAUACACGUAUACGACACACGACGACCAUACCCAUACCCCUUUCUUGCUCUUCAGCGCCUUCGUUCCGAUACCCUGCCCACUACACAUUAGAAGGACGCCAGCGUCUUCAACGUCUUGAUUAAAUCUUGAGUUUUCUGGUUUUUGGGAUAUCCUGUUCCGCGCCAUAGGGGGUUGGCUUUGCUUUGCUUUGCUUUGCUUUGCUUUGCUUUGCUUUGCUUUGCUUUUCUUUUCUUUUCUUUUGGGAUUGCGGGGCGGUCGUUUGAUUAGUUUAAUCGUGUUUUGGGAUUGGGUUUGUGGUGGCAUUGUGGUUUGGAGGCUGUUAAAAUGGGUUGUAAUGGGAGGGUG